AUUUAACCACAUAAAUGUUCAAUUAUUCACCAUUAAGAUAAAAAGGGUCCUACAUGAUCGGAUAAUCUAGAAUGUCGUAGGAUGCUAAGCUAAAUACUUAGCAACUACCUGCAUUUUAAAAUUAAUAUCAAUAAAACUCUACUUAGCAAAAGGUACAGUAAUAUUACUACUAUUAAAAUUAGUCUUAAACCUUGUAAGUUUAAAACAGUGCUAAAUAAUAAAACACAUAUACUUAGUAAUCACACCAAACAAUAAGGUCAGUGAGAAUGAAUUAGGUAUCAACUAGAUCAAUUCAUUAAUAAGUAUAUUUAAUAAAUAUUUUAAGGCUGAAGCAUAAGGAUCAGUAGCAAAUAUAAUUGUACCUACUUAAUUAUAGUCUCUUUAACAAUCCUAAUAAAUAAGAAUAGAUGCUCCAAGAUCAUUAAGAAAUUAUAUAACUUCAUCACCCUAAAGACAAUUAUCCCAUAAAUCUAAUAAAAGUUUUUCAGUGACAAAGCCUGCUUUCGUUGAAUACUACCCUCCAGUAUAUAUGCCUCAUGUAGAACCAGUAUAUUAAUAAACAAUUAUUAAUCAUCCAAUUCAAGUAGUUGACCUAAUAAAGUUCGAAGAAAUGUGGAGUAAAAGGAUGAGAGGAAUUGAACAAAUGAUUGAAUAAAACAAUUAAGUCAAUGUCUAGUCAGAAAACUUUGAUUUAAGAGCUUCAAACAACAAUGAUAGUUAAACUAUCAUAGACUUAUAAACUGAACUCUUUAAAGUAAAAACAACUUUAGAAGACAGAGAAAGAGAAAUUACAAUAUUAAAAUAAUAAUUGUAAAAUUCUAGAGAACAAAUUGAAUUUGAAAACAGUAAUAUUUUUUUAUAAACUUUAGAAUAAAAUAGAAGUGCUUCUCAUCUGAUAACAUCAGAAUUACAAAUCAAAAUUAAUACCCUUCAAUAAACUAUUUCUAAUUUACAAUACGAUUUAAAAUAAGCUCAAGAAAUCAUAGAUUAAUUAAAAUAUGAAAAUUUGUCUUUAAAAUCUGAACUUCAAAAUAAUUUAAGUAUUUCAAAUGGUAAAGAUGAAAUCAUAAUCAAAUUAAAAUAAUAAUUAUAAUCAUCCUUUGAAUAAUAUAAUUUUGAAGCAUGUAAUUAUUUAUUUUAUUAUUUAGAAUCUGGUAAAAAUGCUUCUUAAUAAAUAAUAUCUGAGUUACAAAUUAAAUUGAGUUCUCUUCAAUAAACAAUAAAUAGUUAACUAUUAAAUUUGAAUUCAAAAGAUGAUCUCAUAGAAAAAUUGAGAAUUGAAAUAAAUCAACUUAAAAUUGAAAAAAUGAAUAUCAAUAAUCUAUGUAAUGAAAAAGAUGAUAUAAUUUAAAAAUUAUAAAUGGAAUUAAAUGAAGUCUAUUAAUAAGUUGAUUAAUUGAAUGAAGAAAUUACAACAACUCAAUCAAUUUAAACCUAUGAAGAGGAAGCUAAAAUAUGGAAAUCAAAAUUUAAAGAAUUGAAUGAUGUUUAUCAUGCUUGCUAAGAAAAAUUAAUGGUUAAAGAAGCAGAAUAUGAAUCAUUAAUUAAACAGUAAAGCAGUUAAAAAAAAAUAAUAACUUAAACAAUCAUAAAGUAAAAUAGCUCACGCUCUAUCUAAAAUGUAAAUAUUUUCUUAUAUAAAAGAAUUCUGAAUACACAUCUAGCAGUUUGAAUUAAAAUGAUUUCGAAAAAAUGUAAAACAUUUAAAAACCUCUUAUGAUGUGAAAUUUAUUAGAGUUAACAUAUA